UAUGUCCGCCGUAUAUACACCUUCAGCGGGCAAGGCCCUUCGGCAGCAAGCCAACUGAUUACCUCAUAUUAGAGAGUAGGAGAAGAGAGGAAGCAAGAGAGGCUGCCAUUGCAGUUACGAAGAAUGAGAGUAUAGCUCGUAUGAAGACAAACUGGGAGACGAGAACUAACAAGCGCAUUGAGUGCAACUCAAUAAAAAGAAAAGUUUCGGAGCGAAUGAUUGAAUCAGAUAUCAGUCUAGAAGAGCGAAGGGAACGUCUAAGGUUACAGCUUCAACAAGAUGAGGAAAACUACUUGCAUGAAAUUGAAAGGCAAGUUGAAGACCCUGUUUGUAGACAGGCAAAGAUGCGUGAAAGGGCGAAAGAGUUGAGAGAAAGGAGGGAGACUGAAAGGAAGGGUCUAGUUAAAGAGAAGCUUGAUCAGCAAUACAGAGAGCAAUGUGAAGAACUUAGAGCAACUGUCUCAAAAAGGCAUCAGCAUCUAGUGUCAUCAGAGAGGCAGGAGCAGUUGAAAAUUAAGGAACAGAUGAGAGACGAAUGCAAGAAAGAGGAGCAGCUCUACGAUGAGCUGUGGCAAAAGGAUAUACAAGCCAAGCAAGAACGGGAGAGACAUGACCAUGAGUUGCACCGACGGCGUAACUGUGAGGUGUUGGAAGCUCUGGACAAACAGAAAGCUGAACUCGAGGCUAAAAAAGGGGAAGAAAAACAGCUAAAACAGGAGGAGGCAGAGUUACUGAAACUUAAAGCCAGACUACGUGCUCUGGAAGAACAACAAACUGCUACAGACAAGGUACGCAAACACCAGUCAACUAGAAAAGAGCUGGAUCAGAUUCUAGAGUUCAAGCGACACUAUCUUGCUGCAGAGAGAGAACGAGAACGAGAACUUGAUGCUAUGAUGAAGCAAAUGGCAUUGGAAGGUGUAGGAAAUGAAGCCGCACAAGCAAGUGAGAAGAAGUGUCAGCGAAGGGAUGAAGACAUGAAGUAUCGUGAAUAUGUCAGAGCACGGACGGCUGAAGAUCAGAAAAGAGAGAAAGAGUUGGGAAAAGUGCUUGAUGAUGAGAUAGAGAAGAUGUGGGCCAAAAAACAGCAGGGAUAUGCAUUGGAAAAAGAUGCAAGGCAGAUACUGUUGAGGGAAGUGAUGGAUUGUCGCAAGAAGCAGGUCGAGGCUAAACUCCGCGAAAAUCAGCACAGACAAGAGGAGAUGUUGAGUGAGCGAGAUCGGCAGCAUGCAGCCAUUGAGAAGAACGCCCAACUCGAUCACGAACACCAGCAACGCAUUAAGUCCAAAAACCAGCAGUACGAGAAAGAUCUCAUUGCGCAAAUAGCAUACGAUGCCAAGAGGCAGCAAAAGGAGGUAGAGGAGAAGGACAGGGAGUACCAGUCAGGUAAGAAAGCAGAAGAGGAGUACCAGAAGAAGCUGCACAGCUACCUGCGGGAGGAUCCUCUAAGUGGCUUCACCAGACUCCAUCCCGUGCGACAACACAUGUUGCAGGCUGCGCGAGAAAAGUCUGCCUUCUAAUUCCAGAUACUAGCCUGCGAAGUAAGCCACCUAUUGUAGCUGCCAAGGGUGCGGUGUAAUCAAUAUUGCCAGCAUGCAGUCUAGAUCUGUCAUGUGAUUUUGCAGUGUAGAUGUGCUAGCCAGAUGUAGAUGUGCUAGCAGUGUAGAUGU